AGGAGACAGAAGAGAGUGCAGAGCAAGGGGAGACACAAUCCACCCCGCCAGACACAGAUGAUGGUAGCUCUUCUCAGAUGGUCCCUACUGUUCGUAGAUCUGAACGAGGGCAUAUAUAUACCAUCGACAAGGUACACAUCAUCUGAAUAUCUUUUGUUAACUGAAGAUGGAGAACCAGAGAGUUUUCAAGAAGUUGUAUCUCAUAAGGAUAAAGAAAAAUGGCUAAUAGCAAUGCAGGAUGAGUUAGAAUCUUUGCAGAAAAAUCAAACCUAUGAGAUCGUAGAACUUCCCAUAGGGAAGAAAGCUUUGAGGAACAAAUGGGUGUUCAAGCUGAAGAAGGAUGCAAGUGGACAAGUGGUGAAACACAAAGCUCGGUUGGUUGUCAAAGGAUUCCAGCAGAAGAAGGGAAUUGACUUUGAUGAGAUCUUUGCACCAGUUGUCAAGAUGACCUCAAUCCGAGUUAUACUUGGCUUGGCAGCAAGUAUGAACUUGGAGCUUGAACAGAUGGAUGUGAAGACAGCAUUUCUUCACGGAGAUUUAGAAGAAGAAAUCUAUAUGCAUCAACCGGAAGGUUUUGAGAACUCAAAUGAUAAUUUUGUGUGUAAAUUAUCUAAGAGUUUGUAUGGUUUGAAGCAGGCACCAAGGCAGUGGAAUAAAAAGUUUGACUCAUGCAUGAAGGGUCAAGGCUACAAGAAGACUACUGCGGAUGAGUGUGUAUACAUCAAGAAACUUCCAGACGGUACUUUCAUUGCUCUUCUACUAUAUGUAGACGACAUGUUGAUUGUUGGGAAAGAUGCAGUGAAGAUAAACCAACUGAAGAAAGAACUCUCUAAGUCUUUUGAUAUGAAAGACUUAGGACCGGCUCAACAGAUUCUUGGGAUGCAGAUCACUCGAGACAGGAAGAAUCGCAAGUUAUGGCUAUCUCAGGAGAAGUACAUUGAACGAGUACUUGAGAGAUUCAACAUGAAUGAUGCCAAGCCAGUAAGUGUUCCACUUGCGAAUCACUUCAAGUUGAGCAAAAGAACAUGCCCUACAUCCAAGGAAGAGAUCGGGGAGAUGUCAGCAGUUCCAUAUUCUUCAUCAGUUGGGAGUUUGAUGUACGCCAUGGUAUGCACAAGGCCAGAAAUCGCACAUGCAGUGGGUACAGUGAGUCGUUUUCUCUCUAACCCCGGGAAGGAGCAUUAGGAGGCAGUCAAAUGGAUUCUCAAGUACUUGAAAGGUACCACGAAGUUAUGUCUUUGUUACGGAGGAGCUGAUCCAGUCUUGGAAGGCUACACAGAUGCUGAUAUGGCAGGAGAUACUGAUAGUAGAAAGUCUACUUCAGGAUAUAUCUACACUUUUGCAGGGGGAGCCGUUUCUUGGCAAUCAAGAUUGCAGAAGUGUGUCGCUUUAUCUACUACAGAAGCAAAAUACAUUGCUGUCGCUGAAGCAGGUAAGGAAAUGUUGUGGCUAAAGCGCUUUCUCCAAGAACUUGGGAUCCAGCAGAAAGAGUACAAAGUACAUUGUGACAGUCAGAGUGCUCUAGACUUGAGCAAGAACUCUAUGUACCAUUCUCGUACAAAACAUAUUGACAUUCGGUAUCACUGGAUACGGGAGACGAUUGAUCAACAACUGUUGAGACUAGUGAAGAUCAAUACAAAGGAGAAUCCAUCAGACAUGCUGACGAAGGUGGUGACACGAGAUAAGCUAGAGCUGUGCAGAGACAUAGUCGGGAUGCUUGUUUUGAAUAUGCCUGGAAGGGGAGAAUUGAAGAAUUCAAUUUCCAGGUCAUAUCCAAGUACAAGCAAAUUGAAGAAUCCAAUUGUGAGCAACAUCCAUGAAACUUCCUCCAUGUGCAAGUAUGUCUCUGGGAAGUUUCCUCACACCAAGCAACCACCUUCCUCACACCUCCAUUGAAGCUUCUCCUAAGCUUCCACCCAUCUUCCUCCCACCUUCCUAGUACCUAGUUUUGGUGCUAUAAAUAGAGAGCUUGGAGAGUCUUUCUAUCAUCAAGCAAUUUAGAUCAAGUAAAUUAGAAUAGAUCAUCA